GCGCAAAACAUACGGUUGUGUUACAUUUCGCGCCCUUUCGACGAACCGCGGCAUUUUGAAUUUUAAAUUUCGAACGUGCGUCAACAUACGAAUGACGAAUUAUUAUCUGUGGCUCUGUGAAUUAUUAUAAAAACCUUUUUGGUGAGAAAAAAAUUAUGGAUAUUGAAACUUUUUGCGGAAAGUGUUUUUCUGUUAGCGCGUUGUGUUUUCUUUGUAAAGUGCGUAAUGUUUAUGGAUUUUGUUGACUACUAGGUCGAGAUCCGGCCACCAGAAAUAAACAUGGCGCCGUUCAAAAUAAAGGAGACGUAGGGAAGCGGACAUCCCUCCAAGAUGUAAAUAGAUUUCCUGAGGAUAUGAAAAUGUCGAGUUAUAGAUCGCGAGUGUGGAGUGUGCCGUUAUUUCUCUUGUUGCGGACUAUGUUUGUGAUCAGUGGUGUUGGGGGUUUGCAGGAGCAGAAAUUCGCGAUGGAACCUCAAGAUCAGACUGCUGUCAUAGGAUCAAGAGUAACUCUACCAUGUAGAGUUGAGAACAAAGCAGGUCAACUUCAAUGGACAAAAGAUGACUUUGGAUUAGGUCUUCAUAGGGAUUUGAGUGGCUACGACCGGUAUAAGAUGAUCGGGAGUGAUGAGGAAGGUGACUAUUCACUGGACAUCCGCGAUGUAACAUUAGACGAUGAUGCAAAAUAUCAGUGCCAAGUCAGCACCGGGGCAAGAGGUGAGCCAGCAAUUAGGUCGCGUUACGCCCGCCUUACCGUAAUAGUGCCGCCGGAACCGCCCAAAAUUCUUCAAGGCAAUUUCCACUCUACGACCGAAGACAAACUGAUCAUAUUGGAGUGCAUAUCCGUGGGCGGGAAACCGCCAGCUGAGAUAACUUGGGUGGACAGCAAUGCCGGCGUUUUGACGCAGGGUGUCACUUACACCGUAGAACCGUUGCCUGAUGGACAGAGAUUUACUGCCAGGUCGGUGAUAAAAAUGCCACCGAAAGAGGAGCACCAUAACCAAUCCUUCACAUGUCAGGCGCAGAACACGGCUGACAGAGCAUACAGAGCAGCAAAUAUUCUGAUUGAGGUGAAAUAUGCGCCGAAAGUGAAAGUUCGCAUAAAAUCAGGAAAAAGGAUAAUUGAGGGAAAAGAUGUUAUACUUUCGUGCAUAGCGGACGCGAACCCAAGUAAUUUGACAUUCAGAUGGAUUUUAAACGAUUCCAUAAUUGGAAACAGUUCCGAGCUGAUAAUACCGAAUAUCACCAGAAGUUACAAUGGCGCAAGAAUAAAGUGUAAAGUGGUCAAUGAAGUUGGAAAAAGCGAAGAAACAAUAAUUCUUGAAAUUUCCUACGCUCCAACGUUUCGUAACCGCCCAAUGGACGUUGAAGCGGAGUUGGGUAAGCAAGUAACGCUCAGUUGCGAUGUGGAUGGGUUCCCGGAGCCAGAGUUUAAAUGGCUACAUUUGGAGGAAGACACUAAUAUCAAUGUGGGUAAAACAGCCAACCUCACACUAACAGCCGACACGCACACAUCAGGGCGGUAUAUGUGUAUAGCCUCAGUGGAGGGGUACAAAGAGAUAGAGGCAGAAGCCUCCAUAUUUAUAAAAGGUCCACCGAAGAUAAUAUCAAAUCACACGCAAUUCGGGUCGCAAGGUGACACAGUGAAUAUUGAAUGCGCCGCGUUCGCAGUUCCGAAAAUCGAUAAUAUCGUGUGGACAUUCGAGGGAAAGGAGAUAGAUGGUGUACAUGAUCAGGACUAUGCCUUUCAAGAGGACAUCCAAGUUGGCGGUGUUGUAAAUUCUACACUUAUCAUCCGAGAGAGUCAAUCCAAGCACUUUGGUGUCUACAGAUGUAAUGUGUCCAACGACUACGGGAGUGAUAUGAUUGACAUAGUAUUGCGGCCUACAAAAUCAUUUCCCCUUCUACUAAUCCUAUUUGGCAUAACAUCUGGAACCAUCAUGGUAGCAGCAGUCAUAAUGCUGGUGAUAUUGUGUCAACGGAAACAGCGGAAAAACAAGCAAGCACAGGUGACGGAAAAGCCAGAUGUGACAGUUACUGCCGAAGAAUUGUAUAAGGAGAAUGAUAGGAAUUCUAAUAUUAGUGACUUGAAGUUAGAGUUGCGACAAGCGAAUGGAAACUGUGAAAUUGACUAUUCAAAUACGGGAUCCGACAGUACACUUUGCUCUAAUGCGAAGCUUGGUAGUGGCAUACCUUUGGCUGGUACUGUACCAUUAUCAGUGAACCAGGCCAAUACAUUCCCAUAUAGAUACAGCAAUGACUACAGUGACCCUGCGUAUUCAGAUUAUAAGGUGAAUGGUUAUUCCACGUACGUCCAUUACGGUCAUGAUUACACGCCCGGUUCUUUGAGGGUGCAGUCACCCACGAUGGCCGCUGAUAAGCUCACACCGAAUAGAUCAAUAAACGGUAGCCUACCGAGAAGUAUAGACACGCCGUCAGUGCAAUUCAGUGGGAAUGGCUCUCAGAACAAUUCCUUACAACGUUCGGCCAAACGCCAAGACAGUUCCAAUGCUCUGAAUAAUUUAGGAGUGCCCAGUACUGAAGUGAAUCGUAUUCCCAAUGGAGGUAUAAUCCAUGGCGUGGACGUCCGAUAUGCAGCGACAUAUGGGAACCCGCACCUUCGGAGUGGUCUCGGGUUUACAGUCAAUACAGCCAAGCCAGCUUCCACGCCAGCUCCACCGCCUUACUCAUCUGUUAGAACCUCAGUUAUACUACCUUCAGGUACCUCAUCCCACUCCAUCACGUCUCCUACAAGUCUCGCGUCCCCGCAAUGCGCAACGAGUCCUAUUACUAACUCCACUAUGUCCACUGACAGUGCGCAACCACCCCUGGGCGUGGCCACAUCUUCCACCACACCUCAAUCGCCCAGUUCCCACUACAUAUUAGCACCGUCAAAUAGGACAUUGAGUAAUUCUACCGUUACUAAAAAAGGUUGCACAAUUCAAACUGCCCUGGCAACACAUGUAUAACCGGUAAUCAGGUACAUAGACUUGGAAGUAAAAAGUGACAAAACUAGUGAAUAGCGAAACAUAGUGAACUUUGAUAGUGACAAAUACACGUUAGUGAAGUGAUAAGUGGUUGCGAUUUCCUAACUAUAAUAGUUGUUAAUGUGGGUUUUUUUAAGAUGUUUGUACAUUAGUUUUAAUUUUUAUAGUUUAUUAAUGUUUUAUUGUUGGUAUGAAAAUGUGUAAUCUAAUCAAUUUUUUUCAACUUGAUCUAAAUUUAAUGCUUCAAUUGCGGUCUUAUUUGUAAACAUUCUUGUUCUGUCCCUUCGAUGUUAUGCCAUGAAAAUCAAGGGACAUUAAUUAGAAUACGUUUUUAUUUAAAUGUGUUUAUAAAUAAGAUGUUUGAGUGCUUUUCUGAUUAGAGAAUUAAAUUCUAAUAAUUAGUCAAUUUUAUAUCUGACUGAAUCUCGUCUACGUUGUAAAUAUUGUAUAAUAUAUUCAUUGACUUCACUAUUUCAUAGAAUUUAUUAGUUAAAAUUUAUCGUAAAAGGAAUAUUGGUAUGAAAUAUACUAGGAACUGAUAACUUGAUAUCAUGAAUAUUAAAAUGAAAUGAUUAAUUUUCUAAGAAUAAAACACGUCAGGAUUGUCAUUCACAGUAACUUAUACUAAAACAUAAAUAUUUCAACAAAGAGGUUUUACUAAACCUCUAAACUUCAGGUUUGAAAUAUGUUCAUUUUCAAAAAUGGAACAAAAACUUUCAAUCUCCUUUCGUCGAUGUGUGUGUUUAAUUUCAUUUGAAAUCACAAGCACUUUCUUCGAUCAAAUUGCCAGAAAUAUCUGCUUAGUGAUUCAUACAUUGAAUAUUCAUAAUUCAUCGAAGCUUAUAUAGUUUUGCAAUAUAAAAUGAGCAAAUAAAUAUUUUUAGUAUUUUAUGAACAAUAUCGCCCCAGUAUCGGGCUUAUAAAAGUUUUAACAUUCUUCCAAUAGCGCUUAAUGAGCUUGGCUUUUUUAAUACCUUUAUAGAAAUUUUCUAUCGAUUUCUUCUUUAGAAAAGACCGUAUCAAUUCUCAAAAGAUUCGCAAUGCACUUGCAAGCAUUCUGGCAAUGUGAGGGUAUCACUAAACAUCAGAUGAGAAUCCUGCCCGUUUCACUCCUAUUACAUAAAAAAAAAUCUAUACAGGUUUUAAGAUAAAUAUUAAUUUAAAUUAAAAGCUUACUAACUAAUAUAUUGGGUCUUGGCCUUAGAUUUUUGAAUCUGUUUUCUUUGUGUUCUAUAUAUUAGACAAGGCAAGUGAAACACGACUUCGAUUAUUUAGAUAAUAUGUCGAUUUCCUUGCAAUGGUUUUAUCGUAUAUGUUGAUAGUCGUACAUAUAUAAACAGGUAUAACGACUUCAAGGAUAAGAGUCGAUUGCUUUUAGACUCUAUUAAUGGUAAAAUCGUUAAAUCUCUUUACAUAACUGUUGAACAUUGAUAUAAGUUCUGAAAGACAUUAUUUAAAUUUCCUAUUAAAAGCUACAGUUGACACUAUGGUCAUUAACAGUUGUUCGCUAAAUUGUGCUUUCCAAACGCGUCAUAAUGAAACAAUAGCUACUAAUAUAAGACGGCUCACUCAUUUUUACACGCAUUUCUAACGAUACGCGUUCUCCCUUCCGUUUGGUUAGAACAACCCACUCCAUAAGUACUUUACAAUUCUAUAGAAUUUUUUUUUAUGGCUCUGGCACGGUUUGUGCAUUAGCCAGUGUCAAGUAUAAGAUUUUUUAUAAUUCGUGCUUGCCUUAGAAAUUC